AUGAGCGAACCCUACCGUCUGCCAUGCGGACAUACAUUAUGCUUGCGACCUUGCCUACUGUCUCACACAAGAUCCACAACAGUGCGCUGCGUUCACUGUCGUGAGGCAUUUGACGUGGCGGAACUGCGUCCCAACUUUGCUAUUUUGUCUCAGCUCAAUCGGCUCUCCUGGAAUCAGGAGCAGAACCAAAAGGAGGAACAAAAGCAAGAUUGUAAACAGGCAUAUUUUCAAGAGCAUCAGUACCGCCUGCUGCUGCACACCAAGUUGAAUGUGCUGUCUUACCACAAGGCGAUCUUAAAUACGCGUUUGGAGCAGUUACAGGAGUUAAAUUCCUUGGGGUUGAAGACAGAGGAGAGGACAAAGGAUGAGAUUAUUGAUGCCUUGGAUGCAGCGGUGCUGCAUCUGUGCCAGAUGGCAGACACAGCUCUGAAUACUGCCACGCUGAAAGUGUGGAAAGUGAAUGAGGUCAGCCACGGAAAUGUAGAUGCACUAGUGCGAUGGAUCACGCGCCUCUCUCUCAAAGUGAGGAGGAUACAAGAUGUCUACGCGUCCCCGAUUGGGAUCACAAAUUGGCAAAAGGCGGUGGCGCGUUGGAAGUCAUUGAAACAGUGUUCACGUGAAGCCAAGCGUUUGGAGGAGGCGGUGAAGCAGCUAGGCCCUAUACCCAUGACACAGAUGCAAGUGUCUGAUCGGUUCAUUAAGGUAAUCCAACAAUUGAGUGAGUUCAGUCUCAUUAUUCGUGAUGGAAUGGUCCCUGCAACACUAAUCUCAACAAGCUACAGCAUUAAAAAUGAAAGAAGCCCUGGAGCCAACGUCAGCACAAACAACACCGUAGAGACGUUAGAGGCGAAAAUAUACGUAGGCGGACUGCGAAGGACCCACACAGAGAGUCAGUUGAGACAAUAUUUUAAAAAGUAUGGCGCCAUCACAGACUGCUGCAUCUCGCGCGAUUUCAAAACAAACGUGUCGCGACGCUGCGGAUAUGUGACGUUUUUAAAGGAGGAGUACGCCAGAAAAGCAAUCGAAGAUAGCCCGCAUAUCAUCAAGAGUGAUCCAGUAAGAGUGAAGAUAUUCAAGAAGAAAAUCAAACAAAAAAAGGAAAAAACAAAACCUACAAAACACAUUGGCCAUGUGGUGUUUACGAGGCUCGAAGUGGCGUCCACGCUUGGUGCAACGGAUGCACUACACGAAGUGGCUUCGAAUGAUGUCGAAGUGGGUCAUCAGUUGGUGGUAGAUGAUCUUCCGCCUGUCCCAAAGUUGAAUGAUAUUUUAUCCUUCUAUGGUAAAUUCGGAGCGGUUACGCAUGUGAGAGUGGAUGAGGAGAUGCACAGAGCCUUCGUGGCCUUCUCCACUGCAGAGGCUGUUCAAAAGGCAGUGGCAGCGGCGCCUCCUCGCUUCAAGAGUGCAAAUCUUCGCGUCUCCUUGUGCGAUGAGCAUGGAUGGAGACAGAUUAUGACGCAGAUUGUGGGAUUGCUAGAGGAGAAGAAAAACUAA